AUGCAAAUUUCAGAAAAUCACUAUUUGCUCAAAAGGUAGGAUACACAAGAUCAAAAGUUCAAUUCAUAAUUUUCUUCACCAGAAACAGAUUACAGGUUAACCCAAAAAGAUAUAAUUCCUUUUAAGUCACAAGAGGAUUUCGAAAAGGAAACCCAACAAUUACAAUUCUUCACUCCAAAAAAGAUAAGAUAUCAAGAGAAGGAGAUUUAUUAUACCCCUGAGAAUAAAAAGAAACAAGUACAUCAUGCAGAGAUAGAGGACAGAAAAUUCAAAUAAAUAGGCAACAUCUUGUUUUUCAUACAAAUUAUAAUUAUUAUACUAUUGGAAGUGAUGAAUUGA